AUGAGCUCGAGAUGUCUCAACGACGACUCCCUCGGGCCUAGUGUUCAAGGCUGCCGCGGUGAUUUUGAUUUUACUCUUCGGUUCGAGAGGAUAUUCUUAGCCAUCAUCCCCGCAGCCGUUUUUAUCGCUCUCUCACUUCCGCGCGUUGCCUACCUUGCUCGCAAACCGCGCAUCGUUGGUGCCAAAACAUUUCAAACCCUAAAAUUGGCCAUCAUAACAGUAUUUGCAACGCUGCAAUUCGCAAUUCUCAUUCUACAGACAACUUCCAGUGGCUCGCGCAUAGAUGGGUUUGCCGCCUCGGCCUCAGCUCUCGGCUUCCUCGCCGCUCUUUUCAUGGUCGGAUUAUCGUAUGCCGAACACUCCAGAGCACCUAGGCCCUCGUUGCUUUUGACCGGCUACGUUUUUCUCCAGAUUCUCUUUGACAUUGCUCAAACGAGGACGUCAUGGUUGGUAGCUAGGACUUUCUCAACACAACUGUUCGCAAGACUGUUCACGGCCUCGCUGGUGAUAAAGCUUGCCAUCCUCAUCAUCGAGGCCCAGAGGAAAUCACGAUGGAUUCGCUGGACCGCCGAAGAACAUAGCCCGGAGGAGACAAGCGGCUUGUUCAGUCUAGGCGUCUAUUGGUGGCUCAAUCGCCUCUUCCUCCACGGUUAUCGCAACGUCCUAAAGAUCGGCGACUUGUAUGCUCUCGACCGUGGCAUGAUAGCCGAGACGAUGCAAAUUACUCUCGCUCAAGAACUCGAAAAGGGCAAGAACCGCGGCAAAAACCACGGGCUCGCAAAAGACCUAGCCAAGGCGUUGGCUGUCCCUCUACUUUUGCCUGUCGCCCCACGGAUCGCCCUCAUCGGAUUCAGCUUCAGCCAACCCUUCUUCAUCCAAACUCUUCUCGAGUACCUGCAAGAUGACAAUGCGUCAAAUAACAUGAGCUACGGUCUUAUCGGAGCUGCUGUUCUGAUCUAUACAGGGAUCGCCGUCUCCACAGCUCUGUACUACUACUUUCAGCAGCGAGCCUUGUACAUGUCUCGGGGCUGCCUAUCAGCAAUUAUCUACAAAAAGACCACCGAAGCCGCGCUCACAGACACCGGGGAUGCGGCGGCAGUGACUCUCAUGAGUACUGACACCGAGCGUAUCGUCCGUGGUUUCUACAGUCUGCACGAAAUCUGGGCCAACGUUAUCGAAAUUGCACUUGGAUGUUGGCUACUACAGGGCCAGCUCGGUACAGCCUUCGUCGCGCCUCUCAUUGUCAUUCUCGUGUGCACCGGCGUCACCGCUGCCGUAGCCAAGUUCACCGGUGAGCGCCAGUCUCGCUGGAUGGCUCAGAUUCAGAAGCGCGUUGGACUGACUGCCAAUGUCAUUUCCAACAUGAAGUACUUACGCAUCUCCGGCAUCACGCAGCCUGUCGCAGAGUUUGUCCAGAGAAUGCGCGUGGAGGAGAUGCGCAUCGGCAAUCAAUUCCGCUGGCUGAUCAUCGUCACGGCGCUUGCUGCAUUGGCUCCGAGCAUGCUAUCUCCCGCAAUUACGUUCGUCUUCGCGCAAGAACGUCUGGAUACUACGACCAUCUUCACAUCCUUCUCAUUCUUGGUCCUUCUCAACAGCCCAUUAGGCCAGCUUUUCCAGUCUGUUCCGACCAUCAUCGCGGCUUUUACUUGUCUUAAUCGGAUUCAAAAGUACAUUGAAGGAGAAUCACGCAUUGAUUUCCGGCAAUCUGCCCAUCCUUCGGCAUUCCAGGAGAGGUCGUCCGAGGAGAGCCCGUUUCGCGACGACUCGGAUGACAUUUCCCUGGAGACGUUCCCGGAUCGGAAAGACUCCGAAUUCAGCAGCUCAAGGUCAGCGAUUUCUCUUGUUGAUGGCAGUUUCGGCUGGACGGCGGAUAAGAUGGUGCUCCAAAAUAUCACGGCCUCUAUCCCGGCCGCUCAGCUCACCCUCGUGGUAGGGCCUGUAGCAUCAGGAAAGUCCACUCUGUGUAAGGUUCUCCUAGGUGAAGUGCCAUUCAACACCGGCUUGGUCUCUGUGCCAUCACGCAACGCUGCCAUCGGGUACUGCGAGCAGAAUCCGUUCUUGUCAAACGGUUCCAUCAAAGACAACAUUGUCGGGUGGUCGACUUUCAACCAAGCCAGAUACGACGAGAUCGUCGACGCAUGUGUGCUCCAGACGGACCUUCUGCUUCUCCCCUAUGGUGACGAUACGAAGAUUGGAAGCAACGGGAUCAUGCUUAGCGGUGGACAGAAGCAGCGUGUGUCACUAGCGCGUGCCCUGUACCUGAAUAGCGAUCUCCUCAUUUUCGACGACAUCCUAAGCGGGCUUGACAAUGACACAGCGUCCGAAGUCUUUCGAAGGGUGUUUGGACUCGACGGUAUCAUUCGCCGACGGAAAUCAACAGCAGUACUUUGCACACAUGCGAUCAAGUACCUGCCACUGGCAGAUCACAUCAUCGCCUUGGGGACGGAUGGCACUCUUGCCGAGGAAGGUACUUUUGCCGACCUGAUGCGCGAUAAGAAGUAUGUUGCCAGUCUUGGGGUGAAGGCCACAGACUCUGAUACCGAUUCAGACUUCGGGUCUGAGACUUCCAAUAAACCCAUCACCGGUCAACCUCCGAAAGCGAAGCGGGCUCCGGCCGUUGCCGACGAGAUGAUGGAGAAGUCGAGACAGACGGGAGACGUGAGGGUCUAUGCCCACUACUUCCGUAGUCUGAGCUUAACAUCAACCAUCAUAUUCGUUCUCUUCUCCGCAUCGUACUCCGUGUGGAACCAAUUUCCUACGAUCUGGAUGAAGUACUGGGCCGAAGAUACCCUUCACAAAAGCAGCGGAUACUACGUCGGAUUGUUCGGCCUCUUCAAGGCGUUGCAGCUCGUUUCUCUCAUGGUGGCAGGUGUUGCCUUGAUCAUCUACAUGACCACUUCCUCCGGCACCAUCCUACAUCAGCAAGCAUUGAAGACUGUCAUCCACGCGCCUCUCACAUUCUUCACAACAACAGAUUCUGGCGUCAUCACAAAUCUCUUCUCCCAGGACAUGACACUGAUCGACAACGAGCUACCGAUGGCGCUACUUAAUGCUGUGCUGGCCGGUUUCGAGUCAAUCGGCAUGGGAGCAGUGGUUGCUGUUGCGUCCCCCUACAUGGCCGUUAGCUACCCUCUGUUGAUUGCUUUCUGUUGGAUCAUCCAGAAAUUCUAUCUUCGGACUUCCCGCCAACUACGACUCCUGGAUCUCGAGUCCAAAAGCCCAUUGUACACGCAUUUCCUUGACACCAUUAAGGGCGUCGCCACGAUACGUGCCUUUGGCUGGGCACACAAGGACAUUGCUCACAACCAGCACAUGCUGGAUACCUCGCAACGACCGGCAUAUCUACUCGCCAUGAUCCAGCAAUGGCUCGUCGUUACCAUGCAGCUCAUGGUGGCCGGUUUGGCCGUCGUUCUUGUGACUCUCGCCACCCAGCUCCGAGCCAACUCAGGUUUCACUGGUGCCUCCCUAGUCACUCUGAUGUCGUGGGGCGAGACCCUUUCAUCACUCGUCCGUUUCUACACCCAGCUCGAGACUUCGAUCGGUGCCGUUUCUCGUAUCAAGACCUUUUCCGAGAAGGUUAGCCCUGAAGACCUGGAAGGUGAGGAUAUCGAGCCGCCCGAAGAGUGGCCUGAGACCGGGCGCAUUGAGAUCAACGGCCAAGCAACAUCAGAUGGCGCGACGACUCCUCCGCAUCUCGCUCUGAAAGACCUCAACUUCUCCAUUCAGCCAGGCCAGAAGGUUGCCCUAUGUGGCAGAACCGGCAGCGGCAAAUCGUCACUCAUUCUUCUCCUCCUCCGGCUUCUGGACCCGGUAUCGUCCUCUCCAAAGAACAUCGAGAUGGACGGCAUCCCCUUCCACCGCAUCGACCGCUCAACCCUCCGCCGCCGCAUCAUCUCUGUGCCCCAAGAUGCCGUAUUCCUCCCCGAUGGCAGCACCAUCAAGGCAAACAUCGAUCCUUUCAACGCAGCCACGGACGCAGAGUGCUUCUCAGUCCUCCGCGCCGUGCAACUCGGCACCUUUGUCGAAGAGCGCGGCGGCCUACGCGAGUCCAUGAGCGCAGACAGUCUUAGCGCGGGACAGAAGCAGCUGUUCAGCCUUGGGCGGGCGAUUCUGCGACGCCGGGUCAAAGACGCCAAGUUCAAGCGGCGCGGCGGCGGGAUCUUGUUGUUGGAUGAGGUCAGCUCCAGCGUCGAUCACGCGACGGAUAGGUUGAUGCAGGAGAUUAUCAAGGAGGAGUUUAGGACGUAUACGAUUGUGAUGGUGUCGCAUCGCCUAGACAUGGUGAUGGACUUCUUUGAUGCGGUGAUCGUCAUGGAUCAGGGGCGCGUCAUGGAGACGGGCAGCCCCAAGGAGCUUGUUGAGACGGAGGGGAGUCGGUUCGGUGAGCUGUGGGCAAUUGAGAAUCAGGGACGGUCGAGGGAUCCUGCAAAGAAUGAGCAUCUUCUGUUCAGCAUUUUACCCCAAUUCCGUAGCAAACACUCGGGAGCAAACAUCCUCUGUUUACCCGUCCAAAUCCUGGUUGUAGCCCUCGGAGAUGAUUUCCAGUUAAACAUACGCGUCGACCCAGAGAAGCCAGAAUUCCACCACGAAAUUGUGGAGGGAAGUUCCGCAAUCACCGCAAUUGCAGCACAUCGUUCCUGCUACACCAAGGGACGGGUGAAUGCUUUAAGAACCGAUAAUCGCAGAAACCUCUUGACCAAAAUCGACGUCCAUGUGCAGGGUGGAGUCGGGAGGGACCAUUAUGGCCAUAUGGUGAAGUCUCUACUGGGGACAAUGGGACCCAAUACAGACAGCAUCAAAGAAUGCUAUUUCAAGAGAACCAACGUCAACAUCCACCUCAUACGACCCAACGGAGAGGAACGAAUUCGGUUGAAUCCUGCUGAAACACUGGCUACAUCCACCGAAUGGAUGGAAAAUUUCAGCUUCAUUCCCGAAUCCGUUGACAAACGCGUACAUAAGGUCUUCAUACCAGGUGCGGUCGUCAUUUCUACAGAAUUUGAAGAGAAGGUCUUUGAUUACAUACUCAAGACUGCUGCACGCGAGCGCGACAAGGGACACAUUCACGGCGACAUUCGCAGCGGGUAUUACUGA